AUGCUCGCCUCACUGCUUCGGCCAAAUACUGGCCGCCGGAAGUCGAGUCGGUCACUACACGCUCCUCCCUACGAUAGAUCACCAGCUCUUCGGCCACAGGACGAAGAGGGCCGACGAGGGCAUUCUGAGCAAGUGACGCCUUACGAGGAUGGUGCCGGUGGUGAAGGAGAGGACGACCUAUACCAGCAUGAACAGGAUGAAGAGUCCGAGGAUGGGGAUGAGACGCCGUUACUUCCGAUUUUUUCUUCCGUCCAUCUUGAUCGCCUCCCCGUCUACAACAUCACCCACGCCAUAAGACUCCUCGUCGUCCAGCGAUGCGAAACCACGCUCUCGUGGGAUCAGUUGCGGUCACCACAGGUCUCGCAGUUCCUCGUAAAGCCCAUACAACAACAGAUCCGCUCAUCGCACUUCUCCCGCGCCACGGUGUAUGCUCUCGUCGCAAAUUGCUUGCAGUUCAAGAAGGAGGGCGAGGCAAAUCCAGGCAAUAUCGGUGUCAGCAGGACGCGAGCCCUGAUAUGCGAGUUGUUGGCCAUGCGGCUGCUCAAAGAGUUUUCUACACGGGAGCUGAUCGAUGCUCUGUCCUAUGACUUCGAUCCGCUACAAGGCCUUACGCCUCUGGGGACAGGUAGCAGCACUCUUGUUCAAAACAGGCCUCGUCAUGCAGCACGACCGGCUCGUAUCUCGACAAUAGAGAUAGCCAUCCGGGCUCAGGCGAAGAAGUUUCUUGCACAUCCGCUGGUCGUUGCUCAGCUCGAAGCCAUCUGGGCCGGAACAAUAGUCUUCCACUCAGCAGCCGACAGCCUUCACCGUCGGCCAUCGAAACAGCAAUCCGCCAACAGACGGAAUUACGGGACGACAGCUCGCCAGGUGAGCCCCGAUCAGGAGAAAGAGAGUCUCUUGCGACGUUCCGCGACGUUGUAUGAUCCGCAUGAUGCCUCGCUGUUCAAGUUAUCACGACUUCGCGUGCCACGCUACCGGCAGAUACUCGAGACAGGUUCUCUUGCGAUCAUGAUAGGCUUGCUCAUUGCCGUGUUGAUGCAAAGAUCAGUGGAAAUCACGGCAUUAGAGAUCUUCUUCUGGUUCUGGAGCGCCGGCUUCAUGCUUGACUCGGUGGUAGAAUUUACUGAACAAGGCUUUGAGAUUUUCAUCAUAAGUGUCUGGAACGCUUUCGAUCUCGGGACCCUACUACUUCUCAUGAUAUACUAUGUUCUUCGGCUGUACGGAAUCCUCAUGCCGGAUGCUCGAAAGCAUCAUACUGCUGGAAUGGCCUACGACGUGUUGGCAUCAACGGCCGUGCUAUUGUUCCCACGAGCCUUUUCUAUCCUGGACCACUACCGCUACUUUUCGCAGUUGCUUAUCGCCUUCCGAAUGAUGGCUUUAGACUUGGUAGCCAUACUGAUACUAAUAGUAAUCGCGUGCAGCGGCUUCUUCGUCGCCUUUACCUUGUCCUUCGGUGAUGAGAAUUUCGAUGCAUCGAGUGCAGCUUAUGCACUUUUCCAAAUAUUGAUGGGUUUUACGCCUGCCGCGUGGGAAGUAUGGCCCGGCUACAACAUACUCGGCAAGGCCAUCAUGACCAUGUUCUUGAUUAUAUGCCACUUUAUGAUCGUCACGAUUCUUAUCACGGUUCUGACAAACUCAUUUAUGGCAAUCGUCCAGAACAGCAACGAAGAGCAUCAGUUCCUCUUCGCCGUCAACACCCUAUCAAUGGUCAAGUCGGACGCGCUCUUCUCGUAUCUUGCCCCUACCAACAUCAUCGGCUGGCUGCUGGCUCCGACUAGGUUCUUGCUACCCCUACGUCAGUUCGUCAAGCUGAACCGCACUGUCAUCAAGGUUACACACGUUCCGGUGCUCUUCGCGAUUUUCGCGUACGAGCGCAUCAUCCUUUCCCGCAUGAGCUACGAGCCCACAGACCUGGUCGAGCAGCGCGGUAGGAUGCCACACAAAAUGCCAGCAUUCAGUAUGCGGGGCCCGGCAGAUCUCUUCAGUCCGGGUGUCCGUGUGCGCGAGCAUUCCAUUGUGACCUUCCACAAGGACCGUGCUUUGGAGGAGGUCUUCCGCCGACCUUUCAAGGGCACUCCAAUGCGCGAACGUCGGGAAGGAUCUUUGAUGGAACAGCACAAGUCAACGAACGUGGUCCAGAACUGGAUGCAGUCAAUGAACCACGAAGGCGGUGCGUCUCCUCCUAUGGAGCAGGCAGAGUCGGUCCUCGAAAGGCUGGAAGCUCGCCGCACACACCUUCGGCGGGCAAACACAGCUAACCUACUUCUACCACGUAAACGGACGUCCAGCGCUGCCGGAAGGUCUGUAGCAUCUGAUCCAGCGGAAUUGACGUCUCAAGCAGCAUCGAGGCCGCAUCCGAUUGCUGAGGAGGAUGACUCAUUCGGAAUGACCAUUGACGAAGCCAUCCGCCACACAGAAGAUGAUGAUGGUGAUGACGAGCUCGUCACAGGUGAUGAAGAGGACCACGAUACCACCGACCGUACCAAUCAUGAAUCCACCCACAACGACUCCGACAAGGAGAACAGGCAGGCAGACGACAGCUCCCAUUCUGAAGACGAAAAUUACUUCCGCCCAUCAACGGCCACCAGGACCCCCGCCUUCCCCAGCUCCCUCCCCUCAGCCACGCGUCCCCGCCUGCUAGGCGCCUCCAACGCACCCUCCUUUCCCACCAGACCUCUCGCCGCCGCCGAUUACACCCACAACCGCAACACCUCCACCAACACCGUCCUCUACAGUCCCAUCCCCCAGCUCCAUAUCAGCAGCUCGCCCCGCCAUCCCACCGGCUCCCCGCGCAAAUCCCCCAGCUCCCCGCGCCAUCCCGCCGGAUCCCGCGCGCAGUCGCCUUCCAAGCGCCCGGCCACCGCCCUCAUCCGCAGUGGCACCAACACCAACACCCCAAGCGGCACCGCCACCCCCUCCCGCCGCACUCCCAGAAGCGCCAUCCCGAACUCUUCCGCCGCUGUGACGCGCGCCCGGCCCAUCCUCCCGCCCCGGCAUCUGAACCAGAGCGCGCCGAACUUCCUGGGCAUGCUGGCUUUGGACGAGAUGCGGCACGGACAGGACGGCCGCAGAGGCCGCGACCCUUCUUUCAAUGCACGCGCGCUGGACCUCGCAUCCGACCUCGGCGACAACCGCUAUGCGCCUGACGCGCACCUAGGGACUGUGCCGGCGAGCCUGGCGACGCAGUUGGGGAUGCGGCACUUGCAGCGGCACCAGCGGGAACGGGCAGUGGAAGGCUUACAGAGGCGACGAAGGGAUAGCGAUGAGGAAAAGGAGGAGCAGCGCCGCAGCCGCGAAGAGAGGGAGGAGGCGGGCAUGGUGAACCGCAUCAUGCUGGCGCGGAUGAACACGCUCGAGGAGGGGUUCAGGGAGGUCUUGAGUGAGGUCAGGGGGCUCGUGAGUGGGGCGGCUAGUAAGGCGCACAGUGCGACUGGGGAGGGGGCGAUUUUGGGGGCGGUAACGCAGAGGAGGCCGAGGGAGAGGAAAAGGAGGGGGAAGGAGAAGGUGGUGGAGGAGAGGAGGGAGAGGAGCGCGACGCCUUGGUAUAGGGAGAGGGAUGGGGAGGGUGUUGAGGUUGGAGAUGCGGGAGUGGGGGCUGAGGCCGAGAGGAGCAGUGUUUAG